CACUCGGCUGGCCGCGGGGGUGCGGGGUCCCCGGGGCGCGCGCGCGGGAUGGAGGAGGAUGAGCCGCAGCCCGGCGAGGCGGCGGCGGCGGCGGCGGCGCCCGAGCCCGGCGGGGACGCGGACACCGGCCGCCGGCGCGCUCGGAUGCUGCCCGCGGCGCCGCCCGCGCCGGGCAACCACCAGCUCCCGCACCGCGUCACCAACUUCUUCAUCGACAACAUCCUGCGGCCCGAGUUCGGCCGGCGCAAGGACGCGGGGCCGGGGGGCGCGGGCCCGGGGGGCGCUCGCGGCGGCGGCGGCGGCGUCGCCGAGCAGCUCCGGGGCUCGGCCCGGGAGCCGCGGCUGAACGCGCCCUGCGCGCCCGGGGCCGGCGGCCCGCUCCCGGCCGGCGAGGGCGACGCUCCGGCCGACGGCGACGGCGGCGCCAAGAAGGCCGGCGACCCCGCGGGCGCGCUGGACGGGGCGCUCGGGGCCCGCGGCGCGGGCGCCGGGGACGUGUCGCUGAGCUCCGACUCCGACAGCUCCCAGCCCGGCGCCAACCUGGGCGCGCAGCCCAUGCUCUGGCCCGCCUGGGUCUACUGCACGCGCUACUCCGACCGGCCUUCGUCGGGCCCCAGGUCCCGCAAACCAAAGAAGAAGAACCCCAACAAGGAGGACAAGCGUCCACGCACGGCCUUCACGGCCGAGCAGCUGCAGCGGCUCAAGGCCGAGUUCCAGACCAACAGGUACCUGACGGAACAGCGGCGCCAGAGCCUGGCCCAGGAGCUCAGCCUCAACGAGUCCCAGAUCAAGAUCUGGUUCCAGAACAAGCGGGCCAAGAUCAAGAAGGCCACGGGCAGCAAGAACACGCUGGCGGUGCACCUGAUGGCCCAGGGCCUCUACAACCACUCCACCACGGCCCGCGAGGGCAAGUCCGACAGCGAGUAG